CAGGAAGCAUCCCAAGAUCACUUGGACAACUUAAUAUGCUAACCUACCUAAAUCUAUCCCACAACUCACUGGAAAACUCAAUUCCGGGCACAUUCGAAAAACUAAAAAGCUUAGCAUCAUUAGACGUCUCAUUUAACAAUCUCUCGGGCACCAUUCCAAAGUUUCUUGCAAACUUUACCUAUUUGACUAUCUUAAACCUUUCAUUCAACAGGCUAGAAGGCCAAAUACCCGAGGGAGGUGUUUUCUCAAACCUCACGGUGCAAUCUUUGAUUGGGAAUGCUGGCCUAUGUGGUGCUCCACGCCUUCGGUUUUCGCCUUGCCUUGAAAGAUCUCCCUCAACUGAUAUACACUUACCACUAUUUCUACUCCCAACACUCAUAUUAGCAGUGGUUGCCAUUGCCAUUUGUGUAUACCUAUGGCUCAAAAAGAAAAUUAAGAAGGAGGAGUACAAUGCAUCUUUAAGUCCAACCAGUGUCAUAGGCCAUCAGAUAAUCUCUUAUCGUGAGCUCAUUCACGCCACCAAUAAUUUUAGUGAACAUAACAUCCUCGGAUCAGGAAGCUUUGGAAAAGUCUACAAGGGCUUAUUGAGCAGCGGCUUGGUGGUCGCGAUAAAAGUUCUUGACAUGCAACUAGAGCAGGCCAUCCAAAGUUUUGACAUCGAGUGUCGAGUGCUUCGGAUGACGCGACACCGCAACCUCAUAAAGGUACUCAACACAUGUUCCACACAGGACUUCAGAGCACUAGUACUUGAGUACAUGCCAAAUGGAAGCUUAGAGACACUCCUGCACUGCUCUAAGAGUACACAACACCUAGGAUUCCUUGAGAGGCUGGGCAUCGUGCUGGAUGUGUCGAUGGCAAUUGAGUAUCUGCACCAUGAUCAUUAUGAGUUGAUCUUGCACUGUGACUUGAAACCUAGCAAUGUGUUGUUUGACGAGGAGAUGACUGCACAUGUGGCGGACUUUGGCAUUGCAAGGUUGCUACUUGACGACAACUCAAUGAUAUCCGUGAGCAUGCCUGGAACAGUUGGAUACAUGGCACCAGAGUACGGAACACUUGGAAAAGCAUCGCGGAAGAGUGACAUGUUCAGUUAUGGGAUCAUGCUCCUUGAAGUUUUCACCGGAAGGAGACCAACCGACGCUAUGUUCGACGCACAACUAACCCUUAGGCAGUGGGUUCAUCGAGCAUUUCCUGUAGAUCUUUUCCAGGUCGUCGAUGGUCACCUACUGCAAGGCUCCUCUCUUUCGAACUGCAGCUUGGACAAUGGUUUUGUUGCGUCCGUGUUCGAGCUAGGUUUACAAUGUUCUAGCGACUCGCCUGACCAAAGGAUGACGAUGCGCGACGUGGUGGUGACGCUGAAGAAGAUCAAAGCUGAGUUCACUGGGCGGACAGUGAAGACGUCGUGUAGUGCAACACAGUGAUCGAGCUUGCUACCUAGUUUCUUGCCUCCUGUCCCCUAUAAAUGUGCAUGCAUGUAUUUGUUUCUCUUCUUGUAAGACAA